AUGGUCGCCAAUGAGUCGGGGCAGAUCAUCCGGGCCCUUCACCGCGCCCUGGACUUCCUGGUAUCAAAUCCAGCACCACACGUCCCGUCGCCCGAAGGCUGCAAGAAGCGAGCCAGCGUCGCCAUCGUCAUCCGGAUUCGCCCAGCAUUCUCUCCAGGAGGAGAUGCACAAUCACAACAGCAACAACUGGCACAACCCACCACCCUCGCCGACUUCUUCGCCCAGGAAUGGGUCCACGCGGGGGACCCAGAAGUCCUCUUCAUCAAGCGCGCCUCGCACGUCGGCGACCGCUGGUCCGGCCACGUCGCACUGCCCGGCGGGAAGCGCGACCCGGAAGACGAGAGCGACCUGGCGGCCGCGAUCCGCGAGGCCAGGGAGGAAGUCGGCCUCGACAUCACCCCGAUAUCCUCAUCCUCUCCCUCUUCUUCUGCUCAGGCUGACGGGAGCAGCGGCGCCGACACCACCACGACAACAGCGGGGACCUGCCUCCUCGCGGGCUCGCUCCCGGAGCGCGUAGUCGCGCAGACAUGGGGCUCCAGCCCGCUGAUGGUGCUCUGCCCGUACAUCUUCCUGCUCACCUCACCGGACGUGCCCCGCGUCCGCCCCCAGCCGACAGAGGUCGCCUCGGCGCACUGGGUGCCCCUGCGCGCGCUGCUCUCCCCGGCCCUGCGCACGCGCGAGUACGUCGACACCUCGGGCCGGAUGGCGGGACGGUACGGCUGGCUCGCCCGGUCCUUGCUCCGGCUGAGCAUCGGGCAGAUGUGCUUCAGCGCGAUCCGCCUGGCGCCCUCGGAGAGCGUGCACGCCUCGGAGAUCCCCGGGUUCCUGCCGCCACAGACCGAGGCCGAGACUGCGGUGCAGAGCUUCCUCGAGGGUGCGUUCGGGGUCGUGCCACCUUCAAAGAAGGCCGGGCUGGCGUACCAGGCGCCCUUGCUGCUCUGGGGCCUGACGCUGGGCGUCAUGGCGGACUUCUUGGACAUGUUGCCGCCCUAUAAUGCCGUCAAGCUGUGGCUUUACCCUACCUUCACGGUGCCGGAUCUGCGGUUCAUCGUGUGGGUGCUGACGAGGAGCCUGAGGAAAGGGAAUGCGGGCGACUUGAGCGCGGGUACUUGGGCGAGGGAGCUGCAGCCUAACCCCCCAACGCCGACGGCGGCAGGUUCGAAUGCUGCUGGGGACGGGGUUGGGGUUGGGAGUGGUCAAGGCAAUCCCACGGCCGUUGACGAUACCGUUGUUGCUGUGCCAGCAGCUGCGCGGUGCCGCAAGAACGACGUCGGCGUCUCAGGCCUGGGCAUCGGCGUCAGCCCCCCCUCCGCCGCCGGCGCCGCGGCGCGGGGGAGCAAAGACUCGAUGCAGUACCGCCUGCUGACGGGGUACUAUGAGCGCAUCAGCGUGUCCAUUGCCGUGUUCCUGGUGUACAGGACCGCGGCUGUCGGCGGGGUGGGUUGGUGGGCUUGGAGGAAGUGGGUGUCAUCAGCGCGGCGUUGA